AUGGGUGAUAUUGUCACAGGCGCCGAGAAGACAGCUUCUCAUGAUGAGAAAGUUUCUGACCCCACACUCAACCACAUCGAAAACAGUCCUGCAGCUGUCAACGAAAUCAAGAACCCUCUUCAGAACUUCACCCCUGAGCAAACAACUCAGAAUGCCCGCGCUUUUGCUGAAGCCAACGGAAUGAGAGAGCAUGCCGACCUUUUCGCCCGUGGAGCUCUGGUUGCACGUGACCCUACGCGAUUUGAGAAGAUGCCGCAGCUGUCUGUGGAUGAGAUCAGCGCUCUCAAAUACGAGUUAGAGCACAAAUGGCAUGGCCCUUUCGUACUUUGGUACUCAAUCGCGCUAUGUGCCAUCGGUGCCGCUACGCAAGGUUGGGACCAAACAGGAAGCAAUGGAGCGAACUUGCGCGCAAACUAUGGAGCCUCCACAGUAAUGAUCGCUCAACAGAUGUGCGGCAUCAACAUUAUAUCAUUUUACAGCUCAUCAAUAUUUGAGCAGGUCGGCUACACCCCCACCCAAGCACUGUAUGCAUCUCUUGGCUACGGUGCUGUUCAGGUCGUGUCAACGAUACCAACACUUUUCCUCAUUGACACCAAGGGACGCCGGACUCUUACAUUAAGUAAAAUUGCCAAGCCACCAUCAAUCAUCGAAAGGGAAAGACUGGAUGCGAACGAAGCCUAA